AUGUCUGCAGAAAUAUUUGUUGAGUUCAAGGAGAUUGUUCCUAUCGGGGCAGGUGAGUGAAGACUUCUCUUACAUUUAGUCAAUUCUCGCAUGGGGACGUCUGAUACGUGCGACGUCUGAUACGUGCGAUUCAUUGCACUGUUCAUUCAUGUCUUCAGUUACAGUACUUUUUAGAGGCAUGUAAUGUUGAACAAAAGUAAACAGCAUAAAUCCAUGGAAUGAGAGUCACUAAUAUUAUACGAGGCACAAAACAUGUAUGGCAAUGAAAUAAAAAAUGCCAAUACAAUAAAGCGAAGCUGAUAAAUUUCACACUUAUCAAAAACCAAUCUUAUUUGAAAGUUGUUUGCGCACGUACUCUAUAAAGUCUGCGAAUUAUGCCUCAUUUAAAAAUUGGACUUGUGAGAGUAUUAUCAGUUAGAUACAACAAGUGUCACAAAAACCUUACAGUAAACAUGUAUUAUGUUAAUAGAAAAAUUAAGAAGAAAAAUACCAUUGGCCUAGCACAAAGAAUUGAGAUCUUCUUGCAUUGUUUAUUUCCAGUAAAAGUGUCUGGGAGGGAGGGGUAGGGGCGUGGCACUUUAUGAUGAGCGGGCUGCGAUUCUGAUUGUUUUCUGUUGUUGUUUACUCUUGAUAGCAAUAUGCACAAAUUGUAGGCUGGAACACUAUAAAAUACGCGAGAAAAGUGAUUUGGAUCUACAUUUGGAUGAAGGCAUGGAACAGGUCAGUAAUAGCAUUGUGUAUACUUGAGUCCUGAACGGAAGCUAGGGUUGACGCACUAAUUACUUGAGUUUACUAGAUGAAGUUUACAUUAUAUAGUUGGAACUGUCGACAAAAUCAAAAUUGGGGGAAAAUGUGAUAUUUACAAUGACAGAAAAACGUGAACGAAGGGAUUUGAACCCAUGCAGUCCCAGAAGACCGGUCCGAUUCCCUAAAUUCUAACCCAAGGGGGAUAGCCAAGUCCAUGAUUGUAUAAAUUUUGUUUUCACGAGCAAUCCUCGUGAAAAAUUUGACAUCACGGGAUUCAAAACAACGGUGACCCCAUCUUGAAGAUGAGAUGUUCUUACAAAAUGAAGCAAACAUUUUCUUCUUUGAUGGGUUGCUGCAUAUUUUACGCUUUAGUUUACAUUAUAUUUUCUGAGGAAUAAUUUAAGUGGAGUUUAUGUGGUAAGGAAUAGUUUGUGAAGAACAUGAGUUCGUUUGCAUGAUUUUCCCCAUCCCAGAAUAUCGCUCGGCUCGCUUCGCUCGUCGAAUUUUUUUCGCCCUUGCUGAUUUAUUUUUGGCCUUUUCCCGCCACUGUGGAGCCCUGUCCCAGGCUACUGAUGUUAGGAUUCAUUAGUCCACUGUCUGUUAGAUGUAUCAAAUAGUUUGCUAUUGUCUAAGAACUGGCCAACAAUGAAGCUUCAGAAUAUGAGAAGUGCUUACAGUGCAACUACGUACAAAUGCCAUACAAUAUAAUAAAGGCGGAGAUAGUCAAUUCGUCCCAAUGAAUUCAACUAUUGGACCAAGGCUUGGCUGGUAAUGGUUAUUCAUUAUCUAACUAAUUUUUUGCAGGAAGCUGGUGUAUGGUCUUCUUCUCUUGAUUCGAGAUUUCGGGACAUAUUAAAGAAGAUCGAGGACUUAUUCAUCAGAGACGAAACGAGAGCAAGAAUAAACUUCGAAAAAAAGGAGUGCUCUCGAGCAGUUCAAGCCUGGAAAGCACAUUUGCUUCGUUCUGUUAAUCAAGAAGGAGUAAAACAGAACGCUCUUACUCAGCUUGACGAAGAAUGA